GUUUGUUUCGAAUUGAUGUACGGGGCUCACUAAAAAUCCCACAAAUCGUGCAGAGAAAUUCUGCGACAUAUUCGAAAGCCAACGAUUAGCAACCGAUGAAAGACAGUACAGGCGCAAUCUGCAAUGCCGAAUAAAAUCAAUCUCGCGGUUCAAAGUCGUAGGGGCUCCGCGUGCGAUCGUUGGAAGGAUCGGUUUACGCGGUUAAAUCAGCCUGGAAUCUCCCUCGCUUAUUUCGUCCCUGAGCUCGGAGGCCUUGCGAGAAGUUAUACGGCUCAGAGGUAGGUUGGCGAUCGGGCCAGACAAGCAGACUGGCACUAGCAUUGCCUGCGGAGUGAUCACGAGGAAUUAAAUGGUGAACGAACGAGGAAACGCAACUCGCACCGCAGAUCUGCAGCAGCAUCGCGAUACGGACUCGAGAUUAAACCGACCGUAUAAGUUGAAUGACGAGGAAGAAAAAUUAAACCCCUGUCCGAGACGAUAAUCGAAGGACGAAAGGUGCGGAAUUGAGAGACGAGAAGAUAACGGGGAGGAGGAACUGGGCCGAAUAAAAAAUAUAAACAAUAACAAAUCGGUGCGCGGUCCGGAAUCGUGGAUGGGUCUAGAUUAGGAGGAGUGAUACGAAUCGUUGGCUGCAGGCAACGUGAACAUCGAUAAUAACGACGAUUUUGUGUGAAAGUUUUUUCUUCGAUCGGGGUCGAAUUUAACAGGGGUGCGGGUAAGUGGCGUCACGUUUCCCGCGAGCUUUUUUUGAUACAGGGACCAUGCGUCCCGUGCCGUUGCUCGUUCUGGCCCCGUAUGUUAGUUGGUUUCCGCUGUAUUCGUUAUUUUCAUUAUUCGUCGGGGAUAUCGGUGUUGCGGAGGCGAGACUGAGCGGACUUUACGUUGAUAACGGACUUGACCAAACCGUGAUACACCGCGUGGUUACGCAGCGCGAAAGACGCGAAGUUGAACAUGAGAUUUUGAAUCUGUUGGGACUCCCUGAUCGGCCGAGGGGCAUCGCCGGACAUCCACCGCAGGUGAAAAGAUCGGCGCCAAAAUUUUUACUCGACAUUUACCGGAACACCCUCGGAGAAGGGCGCGACGAGAGCGAGCAAUCUUCUUCGGCCCCGACAAAAACAACUGCGGAGGGAAACGGAGGACAAUUCGAUCUCAGCGGACAAGACCUCCGGGCGAUUGACCAGAGCGAUGUUAUAAUGAGUUUCGCUGCCCACAACCAUCACGUUGCCGGGGUACGACACGAAAGGGGUAAAAGACUUUGGUUCGACGUAUCCGAAGUACCACCGGGCGAAUGCAUCAUCGGAGCUGAACUCAGACUAUACCAAAGCCCGGACUUGAAGAAUAAAAAAAAACGGGGAUCCUACGUCGUCACGGCUUACAGAGUUCUGCGAACCGAAGACGGAGAACGCGAAUUGCAGUACGUCGAUUCGAUGAACACGUCCACCGGCAGAGAAGGCUGGCUCACUUUGAACGUAAGCGAGCCUCUUCAGCAUUGGGUUAACGAUCCUGAAGCUAAUCGGGGACUGUAUUUAUCGGUUCAUCCAGCCGAUCGAUCGGUCCAUGAAAUGAGACCAGAAGAUGUCGGCAUUGUUGGAUCAAGAGGAGAUGCCGACAAACAACCCUUCAUGGUUGGGUUCUUCAAGAGUUCUGGUAUACGAGAGGCAAAAGUAAGGGAAAAAAGAGACGCGAGAAGAAGAAAGAAGAGCGACAUUUCUACAUCGGAUUACAAGAAUAAUCCAUACACCGAUCCGAUGAUUCAAUCUAAUGCGAGAACCUGUAAAAUUCAGACUCUCUAUGUCAGUUUUAGAGAUUUACAGUGGCAGGACUGGAUAAUAGCGCCGGAUGGCUACGACGCCUACUACUGCAGCGGGGAAUGUAACUUUCCUUUAAACGCCCACAUGAAUGCAACCAACCAUGCAAUAGUGCAGACGCUUGUGCAUCUGGUUAACCCAGGAAAAGUACCAAAGCCGUGUUGCGCGCCUACGAAAUUAUCGGCUAUAUCGGUUCUGUAUUUUUUGGACGACAGCAACGUUAUACUAAAAAAGUAUAAAAAUAUGGUCGUCAAGAGCUGCGGUUGCCACUAGCUUUCACCCGCGCGCAAUUUUUUUUUUUUUUUUAUUUUUAAUUACAUUGUGCGUACAUAGCGUGAUUGAAUUAUUUGACGGCGUAACUGCUUUUAUCCGAUUAUUUUUAUCUUCCGUUCAACAUUUCAUCAAUUUGCCGUUUAAUUGGGGGACGAAAUUCGAGGUGCCGAUGAAAUUGUGAAAUUCUGCCAUUUAUUAAUGUAUAAGAAAUGAGAAUUUAACGCCUGUUCUGUUGCCAUGUGUUAUAGGGUAGCGUGUACAUCGGUAGAGGUAGGUGUAAGAAGGCAAAAUUUAAUUAACACUGUAAUAAUUUGAAGAAAGUUAUAUGCAUACGGACGACAUUAAUAUACCUAGGCGUCUGAGGCUGAAGUCAUCAAUUAACUAAACUAUUUCAACCGUCGUUCAGACUUCUGAUAUCAGCUUUGAAGAUACCUUUUUCUUUUUAUUCAAAAAUUAGUGAAAUUUAUUACAGUGGUUUUUAUAUUUGAAAAAAACUAGCAUGGUGUAAUUAACUGAUAUUGAAAAAAACUCGCGCGCCUUAUUUUACCCAUGAUGUCCGUGCGCAUUGAGUAUUUGACAACGCAACAAUGAUGUAAAUAUACGUUAAAGAAAGAAUUGUAAAUAUCUAUGAUAGUAUAAUAAACCAUGUGACGUGGGA